AUGGUAUCCAAAAAAACUAACAAAGACCCUGAUUCGCAACCGUUGGAGAAGCCUACCAAAUCAAGACCACCUCUUGCACGAUUGGUCAAGGACGAUAUUAUAGCAAUACUUUAUACCAAAGAGCUAAAAGAUACGAACUUGCCUGACUGGUACCCUAAUAAUAUCAAAAUCGAGAAAGCGGGAAUAUCAUCCGAACUAAUGUCUCAAGAAAUAAUUACACCCGAGGAGCCUGUUAUCAUCAAACCAGAUCCUAUCGAA